UUGGUUACGCUCAGGCGCGAAACGUAACGCGGGAAAACCUGGGGUUUGGCCUGAGCUGCUGGCGCGGAGUGGUCGCAGCGACUCCUCCUCGAACAUCGCCGCCACGGGGACUGCCGGGAAGACUGGGACUGCUAGUGGGACCGGCGCCGCUUCGAAAAGGUUCGCAGAGGCUGCCAUUCCUAUUGCCGGGGGCAGGAGUCGCCUUUGCCGGUCCGCUUAGGAGUAGCCGCAGAGGUUAGGAGCUGCCGUCCCAUCGAUGAGCGGCUGAGGUGGGCCCGGGCGGCGACAGGUGGCGGCGGCCUCGGGACUUCCGUGUCGCUCCAUACCCCCUCAUCCUGCGACGUGGGCUCAGACAGCGGGGCUGGGCCGCCGCUGAGCCACCCCGCUCACCCAUCCCCUUUUUCAAGCCGCUGCCCGAGAGGGGUCGGCGAUGGCGGAGCGGCUGCCGCCGGGCCCCCCCAUGAUUUUUUGCCAGGACUCUCCAAAGCGCGUCUUGGUUUCCGUUAUCAAAACCACUCCCAUUAAACCCUCCACGCGAGGGGUCUGCGAGGAGCCGGCACCCGCCCUGCCCGUCCCCACCAGCCCCGGCUUCAGCGACUUCAUGGUCUACCCUUGGCGGUGGGGCGAAAACGCCCACAACGUGACGCUCAGCCCCGGCGGCACCGUCGCCCCUUCAUCCCUCCCGCCGCCCCGUGGGGGAGCGGGCAGAGCUCCUCCUGAGGACGAAGAAAAGACAGGGACCCAGGGCGGCGGCAGACAUCGGCACCUGAAGGAUGGGAUAAGGCGAGGCCGUCCGAGGGCAGACACCGUUCGUGAUCUGAUUAAUGAAGGAGAGCACUCCUCCAGCAGGAUACGUUGCAAUAUCUGCAACAGAGUCUUUCCACGAGAGAAAUCACUGCAGGCCCACAAACGAACUCACACUGGUGAAAGGCCUUAUUUGUGUGAUUAUCCAGAUUGUGGGAAAGCCUUUGUUCAGAGUGGGCAACUCAAAACUCACCAGCGCCUCCACACAGGGGAGAAACCUUUUGUCUGCCCAGAAAAUGGCUGCUUAAGCAGGUUCACGCAUGCAAACCGUCAUUGCCCCAAACAUCCAUAUGCCCGACUGAAGAGGGAAGAGCUCACAGACAGACUGAGUAAGAAGGAGACUGCUGACAAUAAAGCUGUGGCUGAGUGGUUAGCGAAAUACUGGGAGAAUAGAGAACAGCGUGCUCCUGCUUUGAAAACUAAAACAAUCCAGAAAACAGAUCAGGAGCAGCAGGACCCAGUGGAAUAUCUUCAGUCUGAUGAAGAGGAUGAUGAAGAGAAAAACAGUGCUCAUUCAGCUGCUCGCCGUCGCCUCCAGGAACAGCGUGAACGCAUGCAUGGUGCACUGGCUCUCAUUGAGCUUGCAAACCUAGCUGUGGCACCGCUUCGAAAGUAGAGAGAAACCCUAUACAAAAAUAUACUUCCUGGUGGUACUUAACCAGUUAGAUCUUGAGCAUAAGCUAAGCACCUUAUUUGCUUAUCAUAGGCUGCUAUUCUGUAGAAUUUAUGAAGAAUGUUGUUGCCUCAUAACAUGGGGUGAGAGAAUUGCACUUUUUGUAAGGUAAAAGACAGAUGUAAAGUUUCUAAGUAUUUUGUAAAUAUGGGAUUGCAUAAUGCAGGGUCAACAAAUUUACAUGCUGUGGGAUGCUAGAUUUUGCAAGGUUAACUCAUUUUUUGGAAGCAGUUUUCAUGGGAAGCACUUUCUAAACAAAGUGUUCAUGAUUAGCAGAACAGUAGUCGUGGUCAAAGAAGGCUGAAAAAAGUUAUUUGUCUGACAAUGUAAGCAAAUUUAUAUGAAGGGGAAGGUCUAAAGCAGGAAUGAAUCCAUAGAUUUCUGAUGUCAUUAUAUCUUUACCUAGUAUCAAUGCGGCGGAAGGCAAAGCUUAGUUGCCUCAACUUGCAGAGGGGAAGAAACUGCUUCAUGCAGGAAACAGUAAGAUCGUUCAGGAUCUUCACUGUGACUGCUGAAGAUAUGAGGGCUGUUUCACAUUUUCUGAUUUGAUUUCAGCAGAACCUUUUGGUAGCACUUGUUAUUCCUAACAUGUGAUGUUAGGAACUUUUUGCACAUUGUUGGUUUUAUUUGCAAAUGAUUAGUCUUGCAAAGUCUAAACAAAGGUAAGCAAAUUGGUAAUAUUUUUCCAGAUAUUUUUUUGACCCUGUGGUGAUUUGGCACUUGAUUUCGUUAAUAAAGGGGAUAUUUUACAGAGUGGUAUGGAUUUGUAGUGAACUAGAUCUCUUGUUAGCAAACACUAAGUUUUAAAGUUUUGCUCUUAAAUGGUUUUUAGCAAAUAGAAGCCUCCACACUUUCUGUGCAUAAAGCCACCUUAUUGCUUUAUUUCAGGAUAACAUGCCAAUUUCAUGUUCACUAACUGUAGCAUGGUUUUCAGUUAAACACUGCAGAAGUUUUCACUGUACAACUAGAAUAUAGGCUUCCAAAGAUAGUUAAAAGCGAUAAGAGUGUGAUUUAAUGUUUCCCAAAUACAUGAAGUUACAGAUGCUGCCUAGCACUCAGAUGCUGAUAGAAAAUGUUUAGUGGGACAUCCUGUUACUUUGUGAAUGUUGUAUACUUACAAAUUGCAUUGUCUCACAGCAGUCUUUUUCCAUAUUUUCCUUUGAAUGCAGACAGGAAUUCCUAUUAUGCUAACAAAGCUGUGUUUUCAGAUUGGUCUCAUUGUGUGUGGUUUGUUUUUUGGUUAAGCUACUGCUUUAGGGGAUAUUAAUAAUUUUGUAUUUACUGACCUGCUUGCUUUAAAUUAUUCCUCUUGUUGAAGGUCAGGACAUUCAGAUGAGAAGGGAAGGCACUUUCCCUCUCACUUAAACAAGAGGAAGAAAUAAUUUUAGAUCAGUUGAUAAUAGACUGAUCAGAUAUGUACAGCUGUUCCAGAAAAGUAAUGUAAUACUACACCAGAAACUGCAGCUGUUUUAUUAGGUUCUCUGAUAAUUGAUAACCUUCUGUGCUUGAAAAUCUCAUUAACCCAGUUUAAGUCAUGUUGAUACACUUUAGUUAAGUGUAGUUGAAUAAUUAAAAAUUAAUCACUUUCAUUGAAUUUAAGUAAUUUUGCACCAGUGAUACGGUUUAAAUUUUGCUUUCAGCUCCUAAACUUAGCUGACAUCAGACUCAUUUAUUUUUAAGGCUUAGGCUUAAAAAUAUGAAACACUGUAGUUCUAGGCUCAUUAGUCUAUGUAAACCUGAUAAUUCUUGUGCAUAAAUUCAGAUAAGUUACCUGUUUUCAACUGUUCACUUGCCUGCAUGCAAAUGUAGUUUGAUCCCAGAAUGAGCCCUGAGCAUAAAUCGCUUGUACUUCUGAGUCAUAACUGAGAAAUUACUCUUGAGAACUAUUUCACAGGGCACAAGAUUUGUGUAAUUACCAUCCAGUUGCAGACUGGAGUUGUAACUUACUUCAUUAGAAUAUAUAUUUUUUUAAUUUAUUUUUUUCCUUGUCACCUGUAGUGCUUUGGGUAACUUGCAGAGUAUGUCUCCAAAUACAUGCGUACACUGAAUUUUACUUGGCUGUAGACAAAAUUGAGACAGCUGAAGCAGUAUUCUGUUGUGAUCAGUUUGGUGUAAAAUGACAGUAAAAGGAAUGAGAGGUGUAGAAGGUUGCUUUUUGUAUUAUUGAGAAGUGAUUACACACAAGAAAUUUUUGAAGUGUUGAGUGCUUUGAAAGAUUGUCGUACUUUGGCAUGAUUUAACAGCAGAAGAGUGGAUGUGCUGUCAUGUUAAUAGAAGCAUUUAAUAAAGAGUUGGUCAAAUGUUCCA